GUGAAUCUGAGUCAGCUGAUCUGUGAUCCUGUGUUUCUCAUCCAUUUUCUUAAACCAAGCCGACAGAUCAGCGAUCCUGCUAAUCCGAUCAGACGUUUAACAUGGACUUCUCCAAGCUGCCCAAGAUACGAGAUGAGGAGCGGGAGGAACAGUUCGGAUAUGUACACGGCGUCUCUGGACCCGUCGUGACGGCGACCAGCAUGGCCGGGGCGGCGAUGUACGAGCUGGUGCGUGUGGGUCACAGUGAGCUGGUGGGAGAGAUCAUCCGUCUGGAGGGAGACAUGGCCACCAUUCAGGUGUACGAGGAGACCUCCGGCGUGUCGGUCGGUGACCCGGUGCUGCGUACAGGAAAACCUCUCUCCGUGGAACUGGGACCUGGAAUCAUGGGCUCCAUUUUUGACGGUAUUCAGCGUCCACUUAAAGACAUCAACGAUAUGACCAAGAGUAUCUACAUCCCCCGAGGUGUGAACAUCGGCGCCCUCAACCGGGACCUCAAGUGGGAGUUCUCGCCCUCCAAGAAUUUACGGGUUGGCAGUCACAUAACCGGAGGUGACAUCUAUGGGCUUGUAGUCGAGAACUCCCUCAUUAAGCACAAAAUCAUGCUGCCACCCAAAAAUCGUGGUACUGUCACCUACGUGGCACCGCCGGGCAACUACGACGUCUCUGAUGUGGUGCUGGAGCUGGAGUUCGAGGGCGUGAAGGAGAAGUUCACCAUGGUGCAGGUGUGGCCAGUGCGUCAAGUACGACCCGUUACUGAGAAGCUGCCCGCCAAUCAUCCUCUGCUGACCGGCCAGCGAGUGCUGGACGCCCUUUUCCCGUGUGUGCAGGGAGGCACAACAGCAAUCCCAGGAGCUUUCGGCUGUGGCAAAACCGUGAUCUCUCAAUCUCUGUCCAAAUACUCCAACAGUGACGUUAUUAUUUAUGUGGGUUGUGGAGAACGUGGUAAUGAGAUGUCAGAAGUACUGCGAGAUUUCCCCGAGUUAACCAUGGAGGUGGAUGGAAAGGUGGAGAGCAUCAUGAAGCGAACAGCUCUGGUGGCGAACACCUCCAACAUGCCUGUAGCUGCCCGAGAAGCUUCUAUUUACACCGGAAUCACUCUGUCCGAGUAUUUCAGAGACAUGGGAUAUAACGUCAGCAUGAUGGCUGAUUCCACCUCUCGAUGGGCCGAGGCUCUGAGAGAAAUCUCUGGACGUCUGGCUGAGAUGCCUGCUGACAGCGGUUAUCCCGCGUACCUUGGGGCUCGUCUGGCCUCGUUUUACGAGCGCGCCGGCCGGGUGAAAUGUCUCGGUAACCCGGAGAGAGAAGGCAGCGUUAGCAUUGUGGGAGCUGUCUCCCCUCCUGGUGGUGAUUUCUCCGAUCCUGUCACGUCUGCUACUCUAGGUAUCGUACAGGUGUUCUGGGGUCUGGAUAAGAAACUGGCUCAGAGGAAGCACUUCCCUUCAGUGAACUGGUUGAUCAGCUACAGUAAGUACACCCGGGCGCUGGAUGAAUACUACGAUAAGCACUUCCCUGAGUUCGUGCCUCUGCGUACCAAAGCCAAGGAGAUCCUGCAGGAGGAGGAGGACCUGGCUGAGAUCGUCCAGCUUGUUGGAAAGGCUUCACUGGCUGAGACGGAUAAGAUCACACUGGAAGUAGCCAAACUGAUCAAGGAUGAUUUCCUGCAGCAGAACGGCUACACGCCUUAUGACAGGUUCUGUCCGUUCUACAAGACGGUGGGCAUCCUGUCCAGCAUGAUCUCCUUUUACGACAUGUCCCGGCACGCAGUGGAGAGCACCGCGCAGAGCGAUAACAAGAUCACAUGGGCCAUGAUCCGUGAGCACAUGGGUGAGAUCCUCUACAAGAUCAGCUCCAUGAAAUUCAAGGACCCUGUGAAGGAGGGUGAAGCUAAAAUCAAAGCAGAUUAUGCACAGCUUCUGGAGGACAUGCAAAACGCCUUCCGCACUCUGGAGGAUUAAAUCCGGCAUCUAUCGGUUCUCCCGUCCCUGUUCCGUCUUCGUCGUCCCUGUCUCAACGUUACCCUCGACCUCACCUUCGCUGCACCCACAUUCCACAGUAGCUGAUAGUGUUUCAUCGCUGGGGACUUGGUCUCGUUUGUGUACGUGUGUAGCUGGUUGUUUUUCUUAGUGUGUGAUGCGAGUUUUUCAUACCCAUACUCCUUCGUUCUUUCUCCUCCAGCGUGUUUUGAUAUUUCGAAUCUAGGUGUGGAUUUCAUGUGUUGGUGUAAUUAUCAUUCCAGUUUUCUCUGUACAGAUAAAUUAGGACAGAUGACGAAUGAAAAAUGAAAAAUAAGUGAAUAUUUAUUGAUGGUGGCCUGCAGUGUUUGGUUGUUUUACUGUUUUAAAUUGUAUUCUACAGUAAGUCUGCUGUAUUAUUAAAGCAUUGUACAUCCAUUCUGCACUGCUCUUGUGUUUACAUCCAAAAACAAUAAAAAAUAUACAUUAAUAUGCUGUAAGAA